AACAAAACAAAAUAACAUAACAUGGAGAGAAUGUAUUUGAGAACAAUGUCCGAACAAGGUGUUGAGAAAUUGGGCGUUUCCGUUUUAAAAAAUAAAAAAACUGAUGAAAUGAUGGACGGCGAAGGCAGCUAGUGUGAGGCGGCGGCCGGCGUGCAAAAGUUGGGGUGGAUAGACGUGGAUUAAGGAAAAGGUGCUAUAUUACGCCUAGUGGCCCUUGUAAUAUAUAUAAUAUAUAUAAAAAAAUAACCUAGAAGAGAUAGAGAGAAGUGGAAGGAAUUAGGUUUUUGAAUUGUGAUGGAUGAUAUACCUGAAUGGCUUAAAGGGUUGCCCCUCGCACCUGAAUUUCGACCUACUGAUACUGAAUUUGCUGACCCCAUUGCCUAUAUAUCAAAAAUCGAGAAGGAAGCUAGUGCUUUUGGUAUAUGUAAGGUCAUUCCGCCAUUGCCUAAACCUUCAAAGAAGUAUGUCCUUCAUAACUUGAACAACUCUCUAUCAAAGUGCCCUGACCUCAAUUCUGCUGGUGCCCCUGUUUUUACCACCCGACAUCAGGAAUUGGGUCAUACUGAAAAGAAGAAAUUCCCAUUCGGAGCACAGAAGCAAGUCUGGCAAAGUGGACAACUUUAUACACUAGACCAGUUCGAAACCAAGUCGAAGAACUUUGCCAGGACUCAAUUCGGCAUCGUUAAGGACAUUUCUCCUUUCCUUGUCGAGGCAAUGUUUUGGAAAACUGCUUUUGACCACCCUAUCUACGUCGAGUAUGCAAAUGACGUGCCUGGUUCUGCCUUUGGGGAGCCAGAGGAGAAUUUUUGCAGGACAAAAAGACCACGUAACAGGAAAAUUCUUGAUAGAACAAGUUCGACUACUAGUGUGGACAAAGGUCGGUCUCAUCAUAGUGUAGACACACCAUCCUCUGCUUUGUUAACCCCUUUAUCAAACUCAUCCCCUUUUAGGCCAAAAGGUUGUAGUAAUGCCGCUGAAAUGGAAGGUAGUGCUGGUUGGAAGCUUGCAAACAGUCCUUGGAAUUUGCAAGUAAUUGCGCGGUCCCCUGGGUCACUCACUCGCUUCAUGCCUGAUGAUAUCCCUGGUGUUACUUCUCCAAUGGUCUAUAUAGGGAUGCUGUUUAGCUGGUUUGCUUGGCAUGUUGAGGAUCAUGAGCUUCACAGUCUAAAUUUUCUUCAUACAGGAUCCCCUAAGACUUGGUAUGCAGUGCCAGGAGAUUAUGCAUUUAGUUUUGAAGAAGUCAUUCGUUGUCAUGCUUAUGGAGAAACUACUGAUCGAUUAGCUGCUCUUGCGCUAUUGGGCGAGAAGACCACUCUUUUAUCACCUGAAGUUCUGGUAGCAUCAGGCAUCCCCUGCUGCAGGUUGGUACAGAAUCCUGGUGAAUUUGUUGUAACUUUCCCGAGGGCCUACCAUGUAGGUUUCAGCCAUGGCUUCAAUUGUGGCGAGGCUGCCAACUUCGGUACUCCACAGUGGCUUGCAGUAGCCAAAGAAGCUGCUGUUCGUCGAGCUGCCAUGAACUAUCUGCCUAUGCUCUCUCAUCAGCAGUUGCUUUAUUUGUUGACAAUGUCUUUUGUUUCAAGUGUGCCAAGAUCCCUGCUGCCUGGGGUUCGAAGCUCUCGUCUGAGAGAUCGUCAGAAGGAAGAAAGGGAGUUUCUGGUAAAGAAAGCCUUCGUUGAGGAUAUAGAAAAGGAGAGCGACCUGGUAACAGUUUUACUUCAGAAAAGCUUCUCUGACUAUGCAAUGUUGUGGGAUGUGGAUAUGCUUCCAUCUUCAGGUAAAGAAUCUGAACUGCACAAGAAUGUUUCUGCGGAUGCUUCUAAAGGGAACGAUCAGUUUGACAACAACGAUAGUCAGGAUGUCUUAGACCAAAUGAGCUUAAACAUGGAAAAUUACAGUGACUUCUAUGUGGAUGAUGAUGUGUCAUGUGAAUUUGAAAUCGAUACUGGGACAUUACCCUGUAUAGCUUGUGGGAUUCUUGGUUUUCCAUUUAUGGCUCUGGUGCAACCAUCGGAAAAGUCUGCAAAACACCUUUUUCCUGAGGAAUUUCAGAAUAAAGAAGAAUCCGGGGUGCUGAAACAUGUGGAGUCGGAUAACCAUAGGUGCAUGUUUGAGGACUACAAUAGAGUUGACAGAAUUCAAAGAAAUGGAGUGCAUUCCCUUAACCAUGAUGAAGUGCCUUUGUCUGCCCAGCCAAGCGAGUCUGCAGUUUCUCCGCACGAGGGUCAAACAUCACAGUCUCAUCAUCUUUCACACACAGAUAAUGCAGCCCCAACUUCAAAAGUUGACCUUGAGGAGGAAUGUGAUGUUUCUAGAGGUCUUGUAAGACCACAGAUAUUUUGCCUUGAGCACGCAAUUCAGACUGAAGAACUGCUGCAUACUAAAGGUGGAGCAAAUGUUCUUGUGAUCUGCCAUUCAGACUUCCAAAAAAUAAGGGGACAUGCUGCUGUUGUUGCAGAGGAAAUUGGCACGGCAUUCAAAUAUAAUGAGAUUCCGCUGGCUAAUGCAUCUCAAGGACAUCUUUCAUUGAUUGAUCUUGCAAUCGGGCAAGAAGAACAAAACAAAUGUGCAGAAGAUUGGACACUGAAAUUAAAUAUUAAUUUAAGGCACUGUGUGAAGGUACAAAGGAACUGUCCACUUAAGAAAUUAAAACAUGCGUUGAUUUUGGGUGGAUUAUUCUCUGAUACAACUCGUAGUUCAGAUUCCUUGAGUCUCCUCAAGUGGCGGUCCAGAAAAGUGCGCUCAAAGAGAAAGUUGAAUCAUUCAACAGAAAGUACACCAUUUGCAAAUGUUCAAAUAGCAAAGGUAGUUUCAGGGUCUACAGUGGACAUGCAGAAUGUCAGAAAGGGGAAUAUAACAAUCCAGUAUUCCAGGAAAAAAUACAAGCCUAAGGAUUGUAGUUCUGCACAGAUCUCCAGGGUUUUCAUGGACCCAUUUAAUGUUCCAAAAGAAGUUUCACUUGCAGAUGCAAAAAUAUUGGGAAGUACUCGCCGCCUCAGGGAUGAAAAUGCAGGCACCGCUUCUUUAGAGGAAAGGUUCUUUAAUUCUUCUGAUGGGAAACCCCGAUUGCGAUAUGAACAUGAGAUGCUUUUACAAAACAAAGACCGAAAUGGGGAUCUCCUUGCACCACAAGAACAAAAUUUACUUGUGACGGCAUCUUUAAUGGUGGAAUUCGAUGAAACCCAGGCUGAACUUUGUACGACUGAGAAAUUCUCCUUGGAGGAUAAAACUUGUGAUACAAAUUCAAAUAGUUGCCAUACAGAGAAUAAGACCAUGGCUGCAGAGACUAGUGGAGAAACAGACAUAGCACAUGUGCAUACUCCUGCAUGUACAUCCAUAUAUGUGGUUCAAAGCACUGCAUAUAAUGAAAAUUUGGAGGAGAAUGACAUGACGGAAACUGUCAUCAGAGAUAAAUCUGAUCAUCCGACGGAAGAAGAUUUUGAAAGAUAUCAUCAUAGUGGGGAUGAUAAAGCUAUUAUGACCAGAUCUCCCAUGCCUGUCAACUCCUCAGGAUCUUGCAUUGAUGGUCCACCAAGAAGUUGUGAUAAGAAGAUUGAGGAUCAAGACUCUCAACAAUUUGGCUUAGGUGGCGAGACAUCUGAUGGUGAAACUUUACUCAAAUCUAUGGAGCAAGAAAUCCAAAUUCAUAACUCAGUUAAAGACAUAGUUGUCUGUGACCAUGUCACAUCUAGUACUAAGCACUCACAGAGUGGCGAUGACAUCUCUGAGCAGCAUACGAAAGAGUCAAACAAUGAUACUACUUCUGCAGUAUUAUUAUGGCCGACUGGAAAAAAUGGUGGGUGUGAGCAAGACCUGUUAACUGAUUAUGGAUGUAGUGUUAGUGGUUUUGUUAAAAGUCCAUGUGAAGGUUUAAGGCCACGAGUUAGGAAAAAUGUAAGUGGGAGCAGAGUUGAAAGUAAGGAAUUUCUUGAGAAGAAACCUAUGGGAAAUAAGGUGAAAAGGUCUUUAUAUAGUUCCAUCAUUCCCAAGGAUAAGAAAGAAGAGAAGGGAAGUCAUAGGUGUAACUUGGAAGGGUGCUGGAUGAGUUUUCAGACAAAGGUAGAGCUGCAACUGCACAAACAGAACCGGUGCCCUGUUGAAGGGUGUGAGAAAAAAUUUACCUCUCACAAAUAUGCUGUGGUUCAUCAACGUGUUCAUAAAAAUGAUCGUCCGCUGAAAUGUCCAUGGAAGGGGUGCACCAUGACAUUCAAGUGGGCCUGGGCAAGAACUGAACAUUUUCGUGUACAUACUGGUGAACGGCCAUACAAGUGCAAGGUUGAGGGUUGUGGACUGACUUUUAGGUUUGUAUCAGAUUAUAGUCGGCAUAGACGAAAAACUGGGCAUUAUGUAGAUGCGGCCAAUUGAUAUUAGUUACUUUCAUCAGAUCGAUGGGUUGUGUAAUGUACCAAAUACUAGACUGGGGUUGAAAAGGCAAUCAUGUAAACUUAUCAGUUUUAGCAUGGGGUGGUAGUAGAGUAGCUGUGUGCAGGAUCAUCUUUCAAUUAAAAUUAAAAUGAAAAUUGCAUGUCAUUCUUUCGAAUUUCUCCAUCUAUGAAGAAAGUCUGUCUCGUGGGUAAUGCUGGACUAGACAGUCAAUAGAAUAAUAACCAACAAACUGAAACUGCAGCUUCUGCUUUCAAUUGAAGAAACUCUGUUUUUA